AUGGCGACUGAAACUUCGAGCGAGCGGCGAUCUAGGGGUUCUUGCGACCACUUGCUCGAUCUUCCUUCCAGCGGGCUGUUGGUGACGUUUGAACCCGACCAGAACGAGUUCAAGGUCAUGGUGGGCCCCUCCUACGUUUGUACCCAUGACACCUCUCCUCCCAACGGACAACGGAUUCUGUCUGAAGAUCGGCAUACGAUGGUCCGUCGCUUUGCUGGCCAGUACAAGUUGGAUCGAGAGAUUCCAAGCAAGAGAUCUGCUGGGGGCGGGGAACAUAUGCGGGAGCUGGGGAUAAAGCUUAGGAAGCUUAGCUAA